CAAACCAGCGCUCCUGGUCCACCUUGUCAUGGCUUCAUUGCCGAAGGAGUUUGAAGCUUUUGUUGUGAACUAUAACAUGUCACCUGGAACAUGGGACGUAGAAAAGACAAUAGCAAUGUGUGUUCAAGAAGAGGAGAGACUAAAAGCCUCACAUGGUGGUACACUCAACUAUGUGCAUGGUCACAAAAGAAAGAAUUACAAUCAAAACAACAAAAGUUCUCCUUCAAAGCCACAAGGAAAAGUUUCCUAUCAGCAUCAGCGUCAGCAACAGCCUUUCUCAGUGGACAAAGACACUUGUCUCCACUGUAAGAAGACCGGGCAUUACAAGAAAGACUGUCCUGUUUGGCUAAAGUCGAUCAUGGCAAAAAGAGGGAUUCCAUUCGACGCGGACUACGCUAAGAAGCGAAAGACGCAUUGAAGUGGCGAACGGAGUUGAAGCAGAAGUUGAAGCUGUCGGUGAUAUCUCCUUGGAGUUAGCUGAUGGAUUCAAUCUUCUACUUAGAGAUGUUUUAUUUGUUCCAUCAUGUAAUAGAAACUUAAUAAGUGUUUCUUGCUUGGACAAAGAUAAUUAUGAGUGUUAUUUUGGACAUGGCAAGUGUGCCAUUUGGUUAAAUAAUGCUUAUGUGGGUGAUGCUUUACUACAUGAUGAGCUUUAUUUGUUAUCACUUCAUGAAAAAGUUUAUUCCGUUUGCAAUGUGAAAGAACAUGUUUCUGCGUCGAAUAAAGAACAAAAGAAAAGGAAAUGAACAUUUGACUCAUCGAAAUUAUGGCACUGUCGCUUGGGCCAUAUUUCGAAGGGGAGAAUAGAAAGAUUAGUCAAAAGUGAAAUUCUUCCUCCGUUAGAAUUUUCAGACUUAGAACAAUGCAUAGAUUGCAUUAAAGGAAAGUACGUAAAACAAAUCAAAAAAGGUGCAAUCCAUAGCACAGGCACACUAGAAAUCAUUCACAUUGAUAUUUGUGGACCAUUUC